AUACGACGUUUUGGUGAUUGACAAAUUCACUGCUGUAUGAAAGUAAUUGCCUUCAAAGUAUUUAGAACAAGUCAGAUAAGAACUGAAGAUAGCAGGAAAAUUCGGAAGACUUUGAACCUUCGUUCGGUUACUUUCAUCGCUCUGUGUUCACAAAUCUAAUUAACAGUCGAAAGUAGUUCAAUCUUUGAAAGAAUGUAUAAAAUUAAAAACGGUGGACUAAAAUGAUUUCGUUUGUAGCUUCAUAGGUAAAAAUAGUGUAAUUUUCCGAUAAAGAGUUAUAAAUUGCAUUCAUCAUUGUGUAAACAAGUCCAUUAUGAAUAUUACUUUGAACCAAACGGUUUUAUCGCUGGGAACUGUCCUAAAGACCACAGUACAACCGAUAAUAGAGACGGCAAUUAUUCCUGGCGACCGAAAUUCACACUCUGGAAAUUCAGAAAGUCUUAGCUUUCUGUUUAUUCCGCUAGCUGUGCUAAUUACAGUGAUGCUUCUUUCAGUAAUGGUUUAUUUGAUGGCACGUAAAAAGGACAGGAUUUUUUCCAAGCGUCCUCACGUACCAAGUUUUUCGUUUGAUUCGUCCGACUUGGAGGAUAACGAUGAUUUGGAAACGGAACACUUGCUUAAAGGCAAACUGCGUCUCGAUGAGCCAUAUUUCAAAGGAGUUAAUAGCUGCAAAACGUAUACCGGGAGCAACGAAUUGUAUGCCUGAAUGACGGAAAUCUUUUUCGCUCCUUUCAAUUUGCCAUACUUUUGUUAAGUUUGUAUAUUUAAGGCGCUAGCUAGUAUUAUGAAACUAUAUGUAUUCCCAUCCCAGGCAAGCAUACACCAAAUAAUAACAUAAUAUUCUUGGUUUAUUGUUAUUCGUUAAACAAUUUAAUUUUUUUUUAUUAAAAAAUACUAUAUGCUUUAGUGCUAAUAAAAGCAAUAUCUCAACA